AUGUCUGUCGUGUCAGGUAAGAUGGUUAGAUAUUAUAAGAAAAAGGGAACGAAAGAUCCCAAAUAUCUCUUUGAAAAUUUAGAGCUAGCAAUAAGGGAAUGUCAAGCGGGACAUAUGACCAUAUAUAAGGCCUCUACAACAUAUAACAUACCAUACAGUACUAUAUACAGUCGCGUAAAAAAUCUUCGAGGGGCCAAGAAAAACUGUAAAGGUCGAUUAACUGCUUUAACGAGCAAACAAGAAGAUGAAUUGGCCGCAGGGUUGACUACUUUGGAAAAAUGGGGAUUUGGUCUUUCCAAAAAGGAAGUUCUGGAACAAGUAGCAUUCUUUGUUAAAGAGUGUAAGCUGAAAACUCCUUUUAAAGAUGGGAUACCCGGAGAUGACUGGUUCGCAGGCUUUAAAAAAAGGCACAAUCUGAGCAUUAAGGUACCCCAGUCGGUAGAGUAUGCUAGAAAAAAAGCUACCGAUCCAUUUAUUAUUUAUAAUUACUUUCGUAUUUUAAAAGAAACGCUCGAAGAGCUUGAUCUAGAAAAUAAGCCCGCACAAAUAUGGAACCUAGAUGAGAGUAGCUUUUCAAUCGACCCUAGUAAAACAAAAGUGGUUGGUAAACGUGGGAAACCCUGUUCGAGAGUAACAAGUACGCCCGGCCGAGAAAAUACAACAGUUUGCUUUUUGGCAAGUGCUGCAGGAGAAAAGGCACCCCCCUUAAUCAUUUUUAAAGGUGUCAAUAUAUGGGACCAGUGGCAAGCUCCUGAUAAUGUAUUCCCAGGAAUGUCGUAUGCUGCCAGUAAAAAGGGUUGGAUGGACGCCGAAAUCUUUUUAAAUUAUUUUAAACGUACCGUUAUUCCAGCAUUAGGUCCAGAAAGACCUCAACUCAUUGUGUAUGAUGGACAUAAAACGCAUGUCACCACGGCCAUAGUAAAUUUGGCAAAUGAACAAAAUAUAACUAUUAUUAAGUUGCCACCUCAUACAACUCACCUGCUUCAGCCACUGGACCUGUCAGUAUUUAAAUCAAUAAAAGAUGCAUGGGACAUGAAGCUCGUAAAAUGGCAAAGACAUAAUGUUGGCCGGCGACUACCAAAAGAUAUGUUUUCCAAAUUUAUUGCAGAAACUUGGUCAGAUGCUAAGGCUACCGUCAUUGUAAAUGGGUUUAAAAAAGGCGGUAUUUUUCCUUUUAACGACAAAGUGGUCCCUAGAGAGAAAUUUGAUAGUGAAGCUCUAAGAAGAUGGGAAAUUCAAAAUUCAGCAGAUCCUUUAAUCGACUCAAAUAUCCCUCAAGAUGUUCUCUUGAAUACUAACACAGCGGAGAACACCACUGCCGUAGUUGAGAAGAGCAAUUCCACAGAUGCUACAAAUACUAACCAAAAUGAAAUUAGAGUUGCCGUCCAUCGGGACGCCGAAAACGUCGGCGACGUCCCAAAGACGGAUGUGUAA